CCCCCACGUGCCCGGCUCUUUUCUUUCGCUUGGCCAUGGGUCUCGCUGCAUGAGGCGCCAUGUUCAAGGGCCGGAGCUUGGCGAUGCUCGGCGCCGCCCUGGCGACGGUGACCACGGUGGUAAUCUACUUAGAAUGGCGCGCAGUGCAGGACAUCCGCCAGGCCUCUGGCUCCGACUUGCACAGCUUGCUGCAGAAGGGCCGUCAUGCCCUGCUCAAGAAGAUGGUCCAAGGAGGCGGCCCGGUGGGGCAAGCAGCAGGCGGCGCCCUGGCGGCGCUGGAGCGGGCGCCGGCUCCGCAGCUUCGGGGCCACUCUGAGAGGCCCACUGCGCCGCCCAUAGCCAGCGCCGCGGCGCCGGCGGAGUCGACAGCUGCGGCGAUGGAGUUCACCGGCACGCUGCCGACGUUUCCGACGCCACGUGAGGUCCGGCACGAGUCCUGCCUGCGUGAGUUCCAGAUCCGCGACCUGCCCCGGGUCUCGCUGGUGCGGCGCUCGUUUUGGGGAAAACCGCGGAUGAGAAGUGCCAUGGCGCCGCAGCUGGUGUCGCUGGAGGAGGCGCGGGCACUGGGCCUGGCGCCCGUGCCCAAGGGAGGCUCGGAGUACGAGCGCGAGAAGGAGGCGCUGAAGGAGUUCGGCGUCAAUUUGAGCAAGGACCACAUGGAUGGCUACAGAUAUCGCCCCGAGCGGGUGGACAAGGACCUGGCGCUGGUGAAGCGGCCCUGGGACGUGCCCUUGCUGUAUCAGCUGGGCCCCGACUCCGUGGUGCUAUGUGAGGACUACGAGACCUGGGACAACCCCGAGUUCAAGCUGGAGAUCCGGGAGGGCAUCGCCUACUGCACCUUGAACCGACCGGAGGCCAACAACGCCAUGAACGGAGGCAUCGGAGGUGGCCUGCACGACGCCUGCCGGAUCUUGGCGCAGCGCACGGACGUGCGCAUCGUGGUCUUCACUGGGAACGGCCGGAUGUUCUGCGCUGGGGGUGACCCCAAGAGCUUCCAAGCAGCGCAGAAGCAGGCCGGCGCCAUUGCCGGGGACGGGGACAAGAUGCAGGGCCCCACCCCGGGCCCGGCCAUUGCCAUGGCCGGGACCAUGCUGAUCGAGGGCAACAAGAUGUCGGCCACCGGCUUUGCGCGGGACAUGUACGCCAUGUCCUCGUUGCCGCAGUUCACCAUCUGCUGCAUGAACGGGUCCGCCAUGGGUGGAGGCUUCGGCCUUGUGUGCGCCUGCGACUACGUGAUCGCCACCAAGCAGGCGCACGCCACGCUGUCGGAGGUGAAGCUGGGGGUCAUCCCGGCGGUCAUCUCGCCGCACGUGUCCAGGACCAUCGGCACGGCGAAUUGCAAGCGCCUCUUCUGCACCGCGGAGAAUGCGAACAUGCAGACGGCGAUGGAGAUUGGGCUGGUGCACAAGAUCGUGGACAGCCCCAAGGAGUUCCCAGCAGCCAUCAAGGAGAUGGCCUCGAAGAUCCAGAUGUUGGCUCCUGGGGCCGUGGGCGCCGCAAAGCAAGUUCUUUUGGAUUGCCUGAACCAGCCUAUCACGAACGGCCUCAUCGAGUACACUGCCAAGGAGUACUUGAAGCUGCGCAGGGGCAAGGAGUGUGAGGCGGGCAUGGAGGCGCUGAAGAGCAAGCAAAAGCCGCCCUGGGUGAAGCCCAUCGACGUCAAGGAGGAGUGA